GAAGCACACAUUCAUUAGGAGUUUAUUAAUAAUAUAAACACAAAAGUGAUUGACUUUUCAAAACUAAUGGACAACACGUGUGAAGACUUUCUGGCGUUUGAGGAGGCGCUAAAGAAAAGUCGCAAAAUUGAUGACAAUAUCAUUCAUUUGUUGAAUACAUCGAUUCCUACCGACUCUUUCGCCGUCGGAUCCACUAAUGCAGGAAAACAGUGUCAAGAAUUGUAUCAACAGCUUCAGACAUCAUAUUCACAACGAGAGAAAUCAAUUAAACACUGUAUUAGUGUUGUCUCAGAUCGGGUCAAAUCUAUUAAAUCUCAACGACAACAAAAUGAAGAUGAUAUGGAUGUCUUAAAGUCUUUACGUAAAGAACAGACUAAACUUAGACUUAUGCAGAAUGAGCUUAAUGUAGAAGAAGUGGUUAGAGAUAGGACUGUAAAGGUUUUUUACGAUAGAUGUCGAUCUUUUUAUAAGCCUAAAGACAUGAAAAUUUGACCACUAUUUG